UGUCUAGGGGCCGUAGUCACCAAGCCGCUCCUGCUGGGGGCUGCCCACGCCAACCACCUGCCUCUGUCGCCGCCUCUUCCAGCGCCCAGCUCCCCCUGGCUAGAACAUCCCCCAAGAUGGCAGAGGAGGGCAGCAGUACCAGGGACUGUGAGUCCCUCAGCGUGCUCAACUGGGACCAGGUUAGCCGGCUGCAUGAGGUUCUGACAGAGGUCGUACCCGUCCACGGACGAGGCAACUUUCCAACCUUGGAGAUAACCCUUAAGGACAUCGUCCAGACUGUCCGCAGCCGGCUGAAGGAGGCAGGCAUCAAAGUUCAGGACGUCCGAUUGAACAGCUCUGCAGCUGGCCAUGUUUUGGUCAAAGACAACGGCUUGGGUUGCAAAGAUCUGGAUCUCAUCUUUCACGUGGCUCUUCCCACGGAGACAGAAUUUCAGCUGGUGAGAGAUGUAGUUCUGUGUUCCCUUCUGAACUUUCGGCCAGAGGGCGUGAAUAAGCUCAAAAUCAGCCCUGUCACCCUGAAGGAGGCAUAUGUGCAGAAGCUGGUGAAGGUCUGCACAGAGGCAGACCACUGGAGCCUGAUUUCCCUCUCCAACAAGAACGGGAGGAACGUGGAGCUCAAGUUUGUUGACUCCACCCGGCGUCAGUUUGAGUUCAGUGUGGACUCCUUCCAAAUCAUUCUAGACUCUUUGCUGUUUUUCUAUGACUGCUCCAGUAAUCCCAUCUCUGAGCAUUUCCACCCCACAGUGAUCGGGGAGAGUGUGUACGGGGAUUUUGAGGAAGCCUUUGACCGUCUUCAGAACAGGCUGAUCGCCACCAAGAACCCUGAAGAAAUCCGAGGCAGGGGUCUUCUUAAGUACAGCAACCUUCUGGUGCGGGACUUCAGGCCUGCGGACCAGGAGGAAAUCAAGACUCUAGAGCGUUACAUGUGCUCCAGGUUUUUCAUCGACUUCCCAGACAUCCUGGAACAGCAGAGGAAGCUGGAGACCUACCUUCAAAACCACUUCGCUGAAGAAGAGAGAAGCAAGUACGACUACCUCUUGAUUCUUCGCAGGGUAGUGAACGAAAGCACCGUGUGCCUUAUGGGGCACGAACACAGGCAGACCCUGAACCUCAUCUCUCUCCUGGCCUUGCGAGUGCUGGCAGAGCAAAACAUCAUCCCUAGUGCCACCAAUGUCACCUGUUACUACCAGCCAGCUCCUUAUGUCAGCGAUGGCAACUUCAACAACUAUUACAUCGCCCAUCCUCCAGUUACCUACAGCCAGCCUUAUCCAACAUGGCUGCCCUGUAACUAACCUCGAGACCUGAGGGUUUCCACAGUGGGAACCCAUUUAGGGCAGGGGCUUUCAGGUAGGAGAGCCUCCUCCUAGAUGUAGGUGUUUGACUUUUAAAGGGGAACUCAGCUCUGACUCUGCUUUUCUUUGUGAACCCAUUGGAAUAGGUCCACAAGACUAUCAGGAGCCAACCCUAAAAGGACCCAUAUUACAGUGCCACUCUGGAAGAUGCAAUAGGAAGUGUGACCUCUCUACAUCUUUCUAAGAUAGUCACUAACUUGUCACUUCCCAGACAUUAGCACACGGGAUUUGAACUCUACACAGUCUCUGAGAUUGGGAGAGUUGGGCAGCAUGUGAGAAGCGUUAAAGGCACUCUUCUCGACUAAUAGCCUCCAGUCCUCUGCAGGCUCUCAUUCAGGAGUCUCAGCAGUUU